GUGAACUUGGCUUGGAAGCUGACGAUGGCUGAGGAGAAGUUGCCUGUUCUCACAAGGCUGAAGCUGAUGAGGCACGCGAAAGUGCUGCAGUCGAAGCUUGAGAGCACGGCCCGGGAGGUCGAGGUUACGAGGGAGCUCGACGGCCCAGAAAAGCAACGGCGUGUGGAGCAGCUCCUCCGACAGAAGGCUGAUCCGAGCGCUCCGGACCGGCUCGGCCGCACAGCCCUCCACUAUGCUGCAUGGCAUGGGGACCUGAAGCUGGUCGAGACGUUGCUGCAUGCAGGAGCCCGGCUGGAGGCCCACGAUGAGGAAGGCGACGUGGCCCUCGUCUGGGCCGCAGGACUUGGCCACCUGAAGGUGGUCGAGGCGUUGCUGAAGGCUGGAGCCCAGGUGGAGGCCCACGGCCGCACUGGCGAGACAGCCCUCGUGGUGGCUGCGGUCCAUGGCCGCUUGAAGGUGGUCGAGGCGUUGGUGAAGGCUGGAGCCCGCCUGGAUGUGCGGGGUGUGAAUGGAAACACAGCCCUCAUGAGCGCUGCAGCAAAUGGCCACUUGAAGGUGAUCGAGGUCUUGCUAAAGUUUGGAGCCCAGCUGGAGGACCGCAACGACGUUGGCAACACAGCCCUCAUGGUCGCUGCAUUCCAUGGUCGCUUGAAGGUGGUCGAGGCUUUGAUGACGGCGGGAGCGCAGCCGGAGGCCCGCAAUGAGAAAGGCAACACAGGACUUGUACUCGCCGCAAAAGAGGGCCACUACGAGGUGGUUGAGGCCUUGGUGAAGGCCGGUGCGGAGGUGGAUGCCCGUGAUGAGGAUGGCUUCACAGCCUUACUGUUCGCCGCGAAAGAGGGCCGCUACGAGGUGGUCGAGGCCUUGGUGAAGGCCGGAGCCCAGUUGGAUGCCCGCAAUAACGAUGGCGAAACAGCCCUCAUGUUCGCAGCCGAGAACGAUCUUUUGCAAGUGGUCGAGGCAUUGCUGGAGGCCGGAGCCCAGCUGGAGGCCCGCCACAAGAAUGGUUUCACAGCCCUCAUGUUUGCUGCAGGCAUGGGCCACCGGAAAAUGGUUGAGGCUUUACUGAAAGCCGGAUGUGAAGUGGAGGGGCGCAAUGAGCAAGGCUUCACAGCCCUCAUGUGGGCGGCUUCCGAAGGUCACUUGCACGUGGUUGAGGCCUUGCUGGAAGCCGGAGCCCAGCCGCAGGCCCGUGAUGCUGAUGGCAAAACUGCCUUGGACCAUGCACAAGACUUUGGUUAUGUGCAGAUUGCAGACCUCCUGCGGAAGUACAGCGUUGCCCACUGA